CUCUCUAACAGUAGGGCUUUAUUGUUAUUACUCGGGUCUGUUGUCAAGUAGAUUACUCACAAAGACCUCCCGCCUCAUUGACGGCCUUGAUCUUGACUGGAUCUUCGAUCUUGGCCUAAAAUCCGCUGGCGCGCGCUCUCGCGACGAAUCGUGUCGGCUGCGCCUCCAAGAAUUCUUGCGAUCGCGCGCGCCAUUGGAUUUCCAUUUCGCCGGGAGAUUUUUCUACAACAUCCAGACAUCAACCAACGGUUCUUUGUAUCAUCAACUUGUAGUUUCGCCCAUGAUGCUUUUAUUUUGUGAAGCGAAAGCGUUCCAUUGCUCUGCCGCAACCAUAAAAUGAUUGCCUGAGCAAAUUCGAUAGCUCUUCCACAUCUAUCUGUUCAAUUACAGCUCCUUCCUUGUGUGGAUCCUUUUUGCUUGUUGCUUUCUGAAUUUAUUUAUUCACUACUACAACCAACACCCAACAACCAUGUCAUCUACCCCCGCUGCCAAGAUUGCCACGGCUGCCGAAAUUGCCGCGCGACGAGCAUUGACGCGAGCUACCAAACCCAUUCCGUGUUAUGCCGUCGAUCAGAUUCCUCCCAAGAAAGGUGGCGAGGCGCUCUACUCGGAAUUGGGCACUCUGGUGGCCAACAACAAGGCCAAGCUCGUGCAGGAACUGGAAAUUCCAGCUCGUGAUGCCAAAUAUUGGGACGUGCAACAAGGACAACUCUUUCGGAUCAUUUGCAGUCAUGGCCCACAGGUCGCCGACAUGAAUUGCUGGUCCUUGAGCAAUCCAAAGGAACAUUUUUAUUCCUCCAAAACACGUCAGAUACAUGCAUCGCACUUGACCACGGGAGAUCGUCUCUGGAGUAACAUGCCCUAUCUACGACCACUCUGUACCAUUGUACACGAUACCAUUGCCUAUGGAUGGGACGAAGAUGGGGCUGGUGUCCAUGAUGUCAUUGGCAGUCGUUGCGAUCCAUACACCCAUCAUUUGAUGACAGAGGGAGAAGAAUUCCACCAUUGCUGCCAUUCCAAUCUGACCCGUGCCUGUAUCGAUUCUGGAUCAUUGGCCGAAGAGCACGUUCACGACGUGCUCAACGUGUUCAUGUGCACUGGAUUUACCCAUGACACCCAUCAGUACUUUACCAAGCCAAGUCCGGUCCAAGUGGGUGAUUACAUUGAAUUCUUAGCGGAAACGGAUCUACGAGUAGCUGCCAGUACCUGCCCCCAAGGUGAUGUUAGCUUGGCGUGCGGUGGGGGUGGAGAGCCUGUGGUGUACCCUCUGACUGUGCAAGUGUACGAAAUGAAUGACAAGGACAUGCUGAAAAAUGCUGGAUGGGAACCGUCCCAAGUGAGCCAAUACUCACGCAGUCAUGGACUCAAAUAGUAAAAUAAUGUAGUAGUUGUUGACUGGUACAGUAUAGU